ACGCAUUUCUCCCUGAAAUCCUUGAUAAAGUAAGCGACCGCAUUCUCCAUACAGCCCAAACGAUUCCAGAUGGCGCUGUGAUUACCAGCACCCGCCCUGUUGCCGAAGCGUGGUCACACUGUGUUUGUUAUUGAGCAGACUGGUAAAUGAUACUCACUUCCAAUAUACAUUGCCUAUUGCAAGAACUGGCGUCGCGAGCCUAGCUUACCACUGACCAGCACGUGAUUCCUGGGUGACGAGGAAAUAUUGGAGGAAGAUUUUGUUUACGUUGAAGAACUGAAGUUUGUUUAUAUUCCGAAGAUUGGAGAUUAUUUUCACUGCCAGGCUUUGACUACUUCAGCAACAAAGUGGGAACACCCAGCAACAAAGUGGGAACACCCAGCAACAAAGUGGGAACACCCAGCAACAAAGUGGGAACACCCAGCAACAAUUGCAGCUGCUUAAGGCCGUCCCAUUCAAAAAAAAAAUUAACAAACAAACAAAAAUAUAUAUGAGCGCGUCUAGUGUUUAGCGUGGGCCAAUAACCAGCUUGCAACAUCAGUUAACGUAUUAAAUCAGCUGGAGAUGGAAUUAUAACUGCUAUCUGGCGUGGAUGCUCCGCUGCGUAGCAAAUGAAUGCGUUUAGCUCAUUAGACAAAAUUAGGCCACUUGGCGCUUGUGAAUGAGACGAGAGUGUUUGAAAAGUGUCUUGGACAUGCAUGGUUUGCUGAACCGGGAUUCUAACCCAGGUUUUCACGUUUUCAUCUCACGGUCUUCACGGGUUCAUCUAACGUGGAGUUUUCUGGAAACAUUUCGUUUUUCAGGAUCUAUGAUGUUGAUGAUAGUUGCAGCGUUGCUGCUGGCAACGCCCGCCUUGUGCGACUACCGCGUCCUGUACCAACAAAGGGAGCCAGAAGAAAUUGAAUUCGAACGCAGCUUCAAGGUCAAGCGACGAGAUUUCGAUACAGAAUGUCCACCAAGGGCUAUUUGUGGCGUCGCCUACGACUUCAACAGAACGGUGGGUGACAGGCGGUUGCCAGAACGGCGAGUCAUCAUACACUGUACUUGUCCGGGAAACGUUGAAUGUCCGAUCGUUCCCGAGCACAGAAUAUUCGCCAGCUUAAAAAGGAGGGAGUACUUGUGUCAACCUAGAGCAGCCUUCACAAACUGUGAUCUGAAUAACUCGACCGGUCCGGCAGCCAAACAGCUACUGGAGCGACACCUGGAAGACGUCCUUACCAGAUAUUUCAGGAUCAACUGCAUCUGCCCUCGUCACGAUAACCCCGUUUUCCCACAAGGUCCGAGGGAUCUGGAGCUGGCCACGUCUAUUAGACGAGUGUAUUAUAAUCAAGGCCUGCACACUACUUUCCAUGACCGUAGAUGCAUUCAGUAACGGAUGUAUCCACGGCAACAAGUUCCUGAAUAUAACAAGGCUCUACAGCAUUAUAUUAUAUCUCUAAGACAGUUUACUGCCAAUCAUUGCUGCUAUCAACGACGCAAAUGCCGUAGCGUCCAAAACAAACCUAAUUCAACCAUGAGAAAUGUAAACGCCUUGAAAGUUAUGUUGUAAGGCCAAACAUAUACCCGGAUUAUCCUGAAAAACCUGGUUCGGACUUUAUUAUUAUCGGGGGGAAAUUUAUACUGCCAGACUGUUGACAGUAUUCGCCUAUGUUUGAUGUUGGCUUAUAAGGAAUUAUUGGUUGUUUCAGCCAAGAGACGUUUAGAUGUGUAUGCUGUCUUUAGCCUGGUAGAAUAUUGUUGUUUUAUUUGGGUGUAGAUCUGAUUGGACAUACGAUUGAAAUUGAGAAUUAACAGAAUUUAGAUUUUCUAAUAUACAGAUAGGUAAAAAAUGACGACGAUGUUACAAUGGCAGGAAUGUUUCGUGCACUACGUUAUUUUGACUACAGUCUACACUACUAUUCAAAACUAAGGUUCCCUCGACUGGGACGUGGCAGUUCGAGAGAACGCUUUUUUUGACAAGUGGGGUUUGUGCGUGAGUUGCUGUGCUCAGCUGAUAUAUACUACUCCAAAUAAAUUAAAGAACAUUUUUGUACGUGACAUGACAUAUUAACUAUAGUCAAAUGGAAAAUCUCGAUGUGUCUUGUUAAUGGUAUAUGGAACUAACACUAGGACAGCAGUCCUGACUUAAAUGUUUGUCAGAGAAGCUUCCAGGGUUUCCAACCUCGAUUUUCUUUGAUUAUCCGUAAUUAUCCUUGAUUAUGUACAAGUAUAUUUCAAUUCUAUGACAAUCAAUGUCCCCCGUCAAAAGUCGGCUGGGUAACCUUGUGAAAGCGUUUGUUCGUCCUACUGAAGGUUUGAGUUCUACUGCCAGCAAGGUGUUAUGUGUGACUUCGAGAUCCAGGGCAUUUAUUACGACAGAAUGGAAAUAUACCCUGCAUAAUCGAAGAUGGCAUGCAGUUCAGAUAGUGUACUCAGGAUAUCUUGCGUCAGAUUAAAUACCAAGAUACAGUUGUCCUUUAUGACGGCUAAAAGUGUCUAUAGCCGGAGCGGUGGGGUAGCCUAAUGGUUAAAGCGUCUGCUCAUCACCCCGGGUUCGAUUCUUAAAAUGGGUAUAAUGUGUGAACCCCAUUUCUGGUGUUCCACGCUGUGAUAUUGCUGAGAGCGGCAUAAAAAUAUACUCACUCACUAAAACUAUAUAUAGUCGGAGUGGUGGGGUAGCUUAUUGGAUAAAGCGCCUGCUCGUCACACGGAAGACCGGAUUCGAUUCCCAACAUAGGUACUAUCUGUGGAGCCCAUUUCUGGAGUCCCCCGGAGUGACAGUGCUGGAAUAUUGCUAAAAGCGGCGUAAAACCUUCUCACUCACUCUAGUCGCAAUAGUAUCCCACGUUUAUGUCGCAAAGGAUUGUUAUGCUGUGUACUUGAACGUGCGUAAAUGGCAACGUAUUCUUUAUAAACAGCAAUAAACAAGAAAUACGUAUUACAUUACAAAACGUCUGAGAAAUUGAUAUUAAAGGGUAUUCUUGGCA